UAACUUGAUGUUAUUUUAUACGUUAGUUGACUUCACACUGUUGACUUUAGUGAUAGAAUGAUUUAAAAUUUUAAUGUUUUACUGUGUUGGAAGCAGGCAUGGCUACAGAACAAAGACCUCACUGGUCGGAUGUUCUGAAAAAGAGAACAGCAAAUUCGAUUAAAGAUGAGAGAAGCGAAGAGGAAAAGAAAUCAGAAGAAACCGAGCUGUUCACCAAAUACUACACGGAAUGGAAGGAAGGAAGUCAUAGAGAGCAGUCCUAUAAAACCAUCCCUCGGUUCUACUACAGGCUUCCAGCAGAGGAUGAAGUGUUACUCCAGAAACUGAGAGAGGAAUCUAGAGCCGUCUUCCUCCAGAGGAAGAGCAGAGAAUUGCUGGACAACGAGGAAUUGCAGAAUCUGUGGUUUCUGCUGGACAAACACCAGGUGCCUCCAGUGAGUGGAGAGGAGGCCAUGAUCAACUAUGAAGCCUACCUGCAGGUGGGAGAGAAGGCCGGACCCAAGUGCAAAAAAUUCUUCACAUCCAGAGUGUACGCCAAGCUGCUCCACAGCGACCCCUAUGGCAGAAUCUCCAUCAUGCAGUUCUUUAACUAUGUCAUGAGGAAAGUGUGGCUGCAUCAGACCCGGAUCGGCCUGAGUCUGUACGACGUGGCGGGACAGGGCUACCUCAGAGAGUCGGAUCUGGAGAACUACAUCCUGGAGCUGAUCCCCACCCUGCCUCAGCUGGACGGACUGGAGAAGUCCUUCUAUUCUUUCUACGUUUGCACCGCUGUUCGCAAGUUCUUUUUCUUCCUCGACCCUCUCCGAACAGGAAAGAUAGAAAUUCAAGAUAUCUUGGCCUGCAGUUUUCUAGAUGACUUAUUGGAGCUGAGAGACGAGGAAUUGUCUAAAGAGAGUCAGGAGUCCAACUGUUUCUCAGCCCCAUCAGCUCUCAGAGUCUACGGUCAGUACCUCAACCUGGAUAAAGACCACAACGGCAUGUUGAGCAAAGAGGAGCUUUCUCGCUACGGCACAGCUACUCUCACCUCAGUGUUCCUGGACAGAGUGUUUCAGGAGUGUCUCACUUACGAUGGAGAAAUGGAUUAUAAGACCUAUCUGGACUUUGUAUUGGCCCUGGAAAACAGGAAAGAGCCGGCAGCUUUACAGUAUAUUUUCAAACUUUUGGACAUGGAGAAUCAAGGAUACCUAAAUGUGUUUUCUCUCAACUACUUCUUCAGGGCCAUUCAGGAGCAGAUGAAGCUGCACGGUCAGGAGCCUGUGUCCUUCCAGGAUGUCAAGGAUGAGAUCUUUGACAUGGUGAAACCGAAAGACCCCUACAAGAUCACACUCCAGGAUUUGGUGAACAGUUGCCAGGGCGACACGGUGGCCAGCAUCCUGAUUGACCUCAACGGCUUCUGGACCUACGAGAACAGAGAAGUUCUGGUUGCCAGUGACAACGACAGCAGCAGCAGCACGGCGGACCUCGACGACACCUGAGGAUUUGUGGUUGAGAUACGAAAAAGACUCCCAACAGCAACUCUGUUCCUUAGAGGGACAGCAGAACUCUUUACCUGCUGACUGACUGGAGAUAAAUGAGGGCUGAAGAACCACAUAACAGAGAUGGAAGAAGAAAAGUCAGGAAUUGUGCUCUUUGUAAAUACUGUCUGAUGUUCUUACCUGUUGUUUUCCUGCAAAGAAAACCUCACCUACAUGUUACUGUCAUUUUACCAUCUUUAAGUUUAUUGCAACCACACAAAAAAGAAACAACCACCUGUUUCAUCUUGUAAUGCAUUAAAAAGGUGUUUUCCCACAUCAUAGGAAAACAUUUACCUUGAUAACAAAAGGCUGUUGUUGUUAUGAUGUACAAACUCAUCAGCUUGUAACACGGUUCUAACAAUAUACUAUUGUUAUACUGGGAGACCUUUCACAUUUCAUGAUACAACAUGAUUACAUGAAAUCUUUCACAUUAAAGCGUAAUAACUGUUUUAUGUGGAACUCAGACUGAAUGAGGAAAUGGGGAUAAACUGAGGAAUAUGGUAUACAGAGUCUGUCAAAAAUAAUGUUUACACACAUCAGAAGAAAAACUUGCAUAAAUAUUUCAAUAACAAACUUAUUCAGACAUCAUGAGAUUAAUACAAGUUACCUUUGACCUCUAUCGUUACAAGAGGUGCUCAGAGUGGAGGCCGUCGGCUUCCAGACGUUUCUGUUUUGUAGUCGACGUCACUUGUUAAUGCUUCAUUCAUGAAGGUAAUGCCUUCUGUUGGGAGAACAUCGUACAACAGGACACAGUGUUAUCGGAAUUUGACCAAACUUCGAAGGACGUAUCUAUAUGUAUAGAAGUACUUAUUCAAAUUUGAUAUUUACAAGUUUUUCUGUUCCUGAUGUGUGAUUGUUUUGGCCGACUCUGUAUUUAAACUUUGAUUUAGUUCUGACUCAUGCUUGGGUUGAUACAUGGUGAGAUUUUGAUGUUAGAAACAGAUGAACAUUUGAAGUAUAUAUGAAGAGUUUAUUUGCCAAAACAGAUAACUCCAUUUUAUACAUUUUCAGAAAAUUUAUUUUUUUUAUUGUUUACUUGAGAUAACACUAAUGAUUUAUUUUUUCUGUAUUUUGUCAUGUAUUUUUCUACUGAGUCAAAUUCACUCAACUUCAGUUUGAUAUUAUCUCAAGUAAACAAUAAAAAACAGUUUACUGAAAAUGUAUCAGAAUGGAGUUUUCUGUUUUUGCAAAUGAACUCUUCAUAUAUAAGCUAAAGAGGCUCCAUGGAUAUGUGACCUAUCCUAGUAUCAUCAAUCGUUCUCCGUUCUCGGUGUUAAGAUCUAUGUUUUAACAUGAAGUGCUUCAUAGCAGUUUAUCAAAGUGUAGCCUGAAAUGCUUUAUGCUAAAAUGUUGACUUAACGUUAUCAUGUAAAAGGUUUCCCAGUAUAAUGAGAUAAAUUGUUUACUUAUAUAUUUAAAACCAUCUUAUGUUGCAUUAUAUGUAUCCAUUUUCCUGUUUCUGGUGUGGCUGCAACACGCUCCUGUACCCUUUGGAGAAUUCUGUCCUGAGGUUAUUUUUACCAUUAGCAAUUAAGACUGUCAUAUGUGUGUCAUUUAACUGAUCUGGGUUCAAGUUUUCUAAAAUUAAAAUUUAAACUGCAGAUGCACAGAA